AAUGUUUCCGAAGAAAGGGCCCAAUCCCUACGGCCAGCCGCCGCCGUACGGGGCGCAGCAGCCAUACGGAAAAAUUCCUGGAAGCGGCGGGUAUGCGACCUCUACUGCAGCGGCUGGAGGCGUUGAUGGUGCUCGGUUCGGCGGAAGCGCUGCCCAGGGUGGUGUGGGGCAGUAUGGAGGCCCCUACGCUGCCGUUUAUGGCGCGCCUAAGGCUGGUGGACUUGCUAGCAAUGGCCCAGGUUCUUCGGAACUUCUUAGCCGGCAAGCUCAUCAAACAACGCUCUCUGAGUCAUCAAAGUUCUCAUCUGGAGCUGUAGGGUCUAGUCUGGGAAGACCAAAUGAUGACUAUCUAGCUUCUCGUGGGUAUGCGCCAAAGCUAGACCAGUACAGCGCAGAUUAUGAGUUGGAUAGAAGGGUGUAUGGUGAACACUCAGCUAAUAUUGGUAGGAGAGAUGGCCUCAAUGAUUUGGAGAGAAGAUAUCCUGAUCAUAUUCCUGGAAGCCAUCAGGUUUCAGCAACACAUCAUCCUCAGCUCCUAAAAACUCAAGUGCAGCCUGCUUCUGAUAUACGACAAGCCGAUUACUUUGCAGGAAGAACGGGCCCAAUCCAUCAAGGAUCCCAGGAAAUUAGUGCAUAUGGAAGAGCAGAAGCAGAUCAUCACAGCUUGCCUGUUCUUGGAUCUGUUCCAUAUGGAGGCCAACAGCAAGCUUCAGUGUUGGGAAGAACUCAGAGGUCAACCAUGGACAGCCUUGUCUAUGGACAAGGAUCAUCAAGCAGUGGUUUUGGAGUGGGUCUGCCCGCUGGACGAGACUAUGCUUCAGGGAAAAGCUUGCUGCAACCAGCUUCAGAAUCUGAUUACCGAGAUAGCAUCUUACCACGUCUACAUCCAGGCGUCUCCAUGGUCGAUGAGCGAACAGGAGACCGACUUGGUUAUCGCCGUGAACUGGAUCUAAGAGAUGACGAGCGUCGAAGGGACCUUUUGUGGGAAAAAGAGAAGGAAAGAGAAUGGGAAUACGAACAAGAGCUACGGCACCGUGAAAUUGAAAGAGAGCGGGACAGGGAGCGGGAACGGGAGCGUGAAAGGAGGGAACGUGAACGAGAAAGAGAACAUCUUCGUGUACGCCGGGAGAAGGAGAGGGAGCGGGAUAGGAAGCAUGUGGCUGUUCCAAGGCGGGAGCGCACUCCUCCAAGAAGACCUGUUGAACGACUACAAUCUUCUUCUGUUAGAUCCGAGAAGCCUUUGCGGCGUGUUUCACCUCGACGUGGUGCUGUGCAUAGGCCUCGUACACCUGUUAAACAAAUAAAGAGAGAAUAUAUUUGCAAGGUAUUUCCAUUUCGCUUGGUGGAUGCUGAUAGGGACUAUAUAUCUUUGACGAAACGAUAUCCUAGACUAGUCAUUUCUCCAGAUGUUUGUAAGGUUGUCUUGAAUUGGCCUAAAGGAAAUCUUAAUCUUUCAAUGCGUACACCAGUCAGCCUGGAGCAUGACAUCCAUGAAGUGGAUGAAAAGUUUGACGAAAGAACAGUUUUAUCUUCAGAGAAAUCAAACAGCAGCAACACCCCAGACACCGUUUGGAAUGUGAAGGUUCUCUUGAUGAGUGGCAUGAGCAACGGUGCGUUCGCUGAUAUAUGUUCAUUGAGAAGUGCUGAGGACCGAAUAGCGCACUGGAACAAUGUCUUAAAAUUUGCUGUAUUUAAGAAGGAUCAUGCACUUGUUGCAAUUGGAGGUCCUUGGAAUGCAGCAAUGGAUGGUGGAGAUCCAUCGACUGACUGUUCUUGCUUGAUUCAAACUGCUAUCAGAUGUACUAAGGAACUGGUUCAGGUUGAUCUAUCUCACUGCACCCACUGGAAUCAUUUCCUCGAGAUCCAUUACAACAGAAUUGGCAAAGAUGGGCUCUUUAGUCAUAAAGAGAUUACUGUACUAUUUGUGCCAAACCUGUCAGAAUGUGUACCUUCAGUAGAUGUAUGGAAGAAUACCUGGAUUGCAUACAGAAAAUCGAAAGCAGACAGAGAAAAACUGACUAUAAAGAAUGAAAAGGUCCCUGGUGAUACAAAAGAACAGAAGAAAGGAACAGGUGAUGACCAUUUAAUGAAGGUUGAUAUUGCCAAGGAUGCUACCAAAAUUGAGAAAGUUGAUACUAAAAUGGAUGAGCAGCAGGGGAAAGAUGGAGAUGCAAAGCUUGCUGAGAAAGAAGGGACACAACUUAUUGAAGUUGAGGAGCGCAAUAAGCAAGGUGGAGACCAUUUAGGGAAGGUUGAUAUCGGCAAGGAUGCUACCAAAGUCGAGAAAGUUGAUACUAAAAUGGAUGAGCAGCAGGGCAAAGAUGGAGAGGCAAAGCUUGGUGAGAAUGAAGGGAAACAACUUGUUAAAGUUGAGGAGCACAAUAAUAAUGGUGGAGAUCUUCAAGGAAAUACCUCUGGUGGCGCUCCCGUUGACCAUGCCGUUGAGGAUAAAAAGCCCACGCGAAAGAAAGUGAUAAAGAAGGUCAUCAGAAAAGUUGUUCGCGAAAAGCCAAUUGCUGAAGCUUCAUCUGACAAUUCGUCUCAGGUUGACAAGACUGUCAUGGCAGAAACCGUUAGCAAAACUGUGGAAGAGGAGGUUCAGCAAACAACUGUGGAUGUUAGUAAAGAGAAGGAUGGAGCCGUCAUCAGCCAGCCCGAGACUAAGAAAUCCGGGAAGAAGAAAAUAAUUCGAAGGAUUGUUAAAAGAAAAGUUGUUGCUUCAGGAUCCAAAUUGAAUGAGUCUACUGUACCUGCUGAAACAAGUAAACAAGGAGGGGAAAUUCAACAGGAAAAUUGUGAUGUAAGCUUAACUGAUGCUGCGAAUUCGCAGAUUAAGCUGCCAGAAGGGUCAAACGUUGCUGCUGAAGUGAUUUCAAAUCAGAAGAAAGAAGAAAAGGCUGAUAAAGGGACCAUAUGUACCGAGAAUCAAAAAUCAAAUGGAGAUAAGGUUAAUGAACAGGAAGUUGUCAAAGAAAAAGAUACAAAUGAAGUAGGGGUAAGUGGAACGAAAGAUAAGACAAAGGAUGAUAAAGAGAAAAAUAGUAAAGACCUGCAGAAGGAUCCCAAGCUAAAUUCACUUAAUGAUACCAAAGAAAAGAAAAAAUCUGAUGAACCUCCUAAGCAUCCAGGAUUCAUUCUGCAGAUGAAAAAGAGUAAAAACUCUAAACUCCGUUCAAUUUCCCUUUCAUUGGAUGGCUUACUAGAUUAUACAACCAAUGACACCGAGGAGUCUGUAUUUGAGCUUUCUUUGUUUGCGGAGUCAUUCAGUGAAAUGCUUCAAUUCAGAAUGGGCUGCAUUAUCCUAUCUUUUCUUGAGAAACUGCACAAGCAUUAUGUUACAAAGAAGAACCAACGUAAGCGCCCAAGGGAGGAAGAUCUAAAAAAGGAAGACGAUAAAUCAUCAGAAAAGAGAUCGAAGACAACCGAUGACAGUCGUACUGAAAGCACCCCUAAUAAUAUCAGUGCAGUAAAAAACGAUGAAAUAGUUGAAGAUGAUGUGAAAAACAUGAUCGUAGAUCAGACACCAGCUGCUCCUGUUGAACCUGAAACAGAAGAGAAAAUGGAGGACGAAGAUCUGGAUUAUGAAGAAGAUCCCGAGGAAGUAGAAAUAUAUGAAGAAGACUAUGACCUGGAUGGUGCUACUGCUGAGCAACAGGAUGGGGGUAAUUUGAACAGUACCGAGUCCAAUCCAGAAGAAGUUAAAGGAAACAAGAAAGGAGGGAAGGUGAUCGAAUUAGAAAAGCCUGUUUCAGGGGAAGGCACGCCUACUAAGGCAGAGAAAGGAGGUUUGGUAGAAGUCGGGGAAAAGGUAGCCAGUAAGGAGGGGAAGGUAGCUGUAUCGGAGAAAGGAGAUUCAACAAAACAUGAUGUGGUUGAUAAGGACCUGUUGCAGGCUUUUCGGUACUUUGACCAAAAUAGAGUGGGUUACAUCAAGGCUGAAGAUCUAAGUCGCAUUGUUGACAACUUGGGCAAGUUUUUGUCCAAUAGAGACGUGAAGGAGUUGGUGCAGGCAGCGCUUGCUGAAAGCAAUUCUGCAAAGGAUAAUCAUGUUAUCUACACAAAUCUUGUGAAGAUGGUUGAUCUGUGAUGUAUUCGUUUGUAAUCGUGGGAGGUCGCCUGACAGUAGCAAUGUGAAGUCGGAGCUUAUUCACCUAAGAUCUACUUGAAGGGUGGUGAAGAUGGUGCAUGAAGUUGACAGGAGUUUUAUUGUCAUUUUUUCUCAUCAAGGAGUUCCCUUCCAUGUUUCUGUCAGCAUGCACUGUACAACUUUGAAUUUCUCCUUGUAAUUGGUACAUACUUUUUUCUGCAGCAUGAUCAGAACGUUAGCUUGAACUUAGAAAGCAAUUGAGCAGUGUUUGUUUGCA